GGGACCGCAGUAGCAGCAGGUAUCUUGCUGAUAAUCUUCGCUGGUGUUUUGGCAGCGCUCUUUCCAAACAUCAUGGAAAUUUUGAUAAACCGGGAGGUUUCUAUAAGAGAAGGUGGUCGUGCUUAUGGAUGGUGGAAGGAACCUCCAGUAGUUCCUCACAUGAAUAUUUACAUUUACAAUGUAACAAAUGCUGAUGAAUUCCUCAACAACGGCGACAAGCCGAUUCUUCAGGAGCUUGGGCCCUAUGUUUAUUUGCAAAAAUGGGACAAGACUAAUAUUAAAUUCAAUGACAAUGGCACUGUCAGUUACAAUGUCAGAAAGCGGUUUGAGUUUUCAGAGGAAUUAUCUAGCGGCUCAGAAGAUGAUUUGGUGGUAGUACCAAACGUUCCAAUGCUGUCAGCAACUAGCCAAUCACGUCACGCAGCUCGAUUUCUUCGGCUUGCCAUGGCCUCAAUAAUGGAUAUCCUCAAGAUAAAGCCGUUUGUCGAGGUCUCGGUCGGGCAAUUGCUUUGGGGUUAUGAAGAUCCAUUACUCAAGCUCGCCAAGGAUGUAGUGCCUAAAGAACAGAAGUUGCCUUAUGACCAAUUCGGAUUGUUUUACGGAAAGAAUGGUACUCAUCCAGAUCAAUACACAAUAUUCACCGGGGCCUCGGACAUCAGCAAAUACGGAAUGAUGGAUCGAUGGAAUGGCAAAGAUGGCUUCAAACACUGGACUACAGAUGAAUGCGACAACGUAUUGGGUGGUGAUGGUAGCAUUUUCCCACCACAUAUCAACAAGGAUUCAAAGCUCAAGGUCUUUGAUAAAGAUCUUUGCAGAACUCUUCCUCUUGUCUUCAAGAAAGAAGUGAUGGCUGAAGGUGAUGUUCCCGGAUACAGAUUCGUACCGCCAAAAGAUGUUUUUGCAGCAGCUGAUCGUAUUUCUUCUCAGUCAUGUUAUUGUCCAGGUGGACCUCCUUGUGCUCCAGAGGGUACUUUCAAUGUUUCACGCUGUCAAUAUGACUCACCAGUUUUGCUAAGUUUCCCUCACUUUUAUUUAGCUGACCCAACAUUACGAGAAGCAGUUAUUGGAAUAUCACCACCAGAUGAGGAAAAACAUCAGUUCUUUAUUGACGUCCAGCCACUUAUGGGAACUACAUUGAGAGCACGUGCUAGGAUUCAGAUAAAUCUUGCUGUCAGCCAAGUUCGUGACAUCAAACAAGUUGCGUCUUUCCCAGAUAUCGUCUUCCCGAUCAUGUGGUUUGAAGAUGGUGUAGAUGGCUUACCAAGUCACGUAACAUCACUGCUGAAGAUGGCCGUGGAUGUUCCGCCAAUAGCUCGAGCAGCUCUUUCAGGUGCUCUUGCUGCAGCAGGUGCCAUUGUUCUUCUCGGUGCGCUAUUGUGUCUUGCCAGGGCGGCAAAACAUCAAGAAAAGCUUCAUUUGAGCACUCCUCUACCUCCAGGUACAUCCAAACAGGGAAAUAUAAACCCUGGCUUUCAAGGUUCCAUGAAUAAUCCCUGUAAAAAUGAGAUAAUCGAUAAUUAUACAUUAUAAUUAUGAGAUGCAUCAAUUUAAUGAGAGAGCAAGAGAGUUGGACUCUUGGAAGAUACUGUAGAUUUGUUUUUAAAAUUUAAUUAAUUAUAUUGUAGACAAACUAACAAUAACUAGACUUAGAAUAGACUUGAACUGUAAUAUAUGCCGACAAUCGUGAUGAUCUAUGACUAUCACGCAAUUGUUGCGAAAAUAACGAUUGUAUAAUUAUCGUGAGAAAGUUAAAGGUUACAGGAUAGAAUUUUUUAUUCAGAGGGAAGGUGAAAGCAAGAGAAAGGGACUGAUGCUCAAUCGUUUUUGUGUUAAAAUAUCAUUUAUUAAUACACAAAAACAUACAAUAUACAAAAUUAUAUUCAACAGAAUAUACUUACAUAUAUUUGGAAUAAAGUCUCUUUCUCUGACUUAGUCUUCUCUAUACAAAAGCUCUCUUUCUCUCAAAUCAGAGCUGGUGUUUAUUUUAUUUUAUAUUGUUUUUUUUUUUUUUUUAUUAAAUUAAAGAUUUGCGUAAUAUCGUUCGGAUUAAUUUGUUACGACCGAUCGCUCAUUUUUUAUUAGUGGGUCGAGGUCAACAGAUAACAGGAUCUUUGUAAAAAAUACUUUUUUGACAAUCUCUAGUAAUUUAAUCUGUAUAUUAUGUCUGUCUAUAAUUUAUUCACGUCUCACUCGCGAGAAUUCGACCAAUAUAUUGACAUAUCAAUACUGUUUUUAAUACACAAAUGUGUACUGCUCAAGUUUUAUACUUGUUCGAACGAAAAAAAUUUAUUUAAAAUUUAAAAGUGUGCUGAAAAAAACUCUUUUUAAAUAUUCAAUUUCAUUAAGCUAAUAGUUAAUUGGUUAAAUAUUUCAGUCUAUGAAUAAUAUAAUAUUAAGAAUUAUUUAUUAAGGUAUUUUAAGUGAAAAAGAAAGUAAUGGUUUUAAAUUUUUAAAUUUUAUAUUGCACGAGAUUAAGAAGAAACUUAUAAAUUGGCUUGUUAUUGCAUUCCGUCCAAUCAAUGUAUUUAUAUUAUGUGUGUUUAAUUAUAUUUAAUGUUUAUUAUUAUUAUUAUUAUUAUUAUUAUAAUUAUUAAUAUUAU